CAAGGCACGUGACUAGAAGUAGACAACCAAACGCGGCCUUAAGUCCGUAGCCAAAAAGGAGCCGGUCUGGAUGAUAUGUCAGGACGGGCUAAGCUUAGAUUACCUCUUCCGUGUUUGGCUUUGUUCUUGCUCCUUAAUUUAGAUUUUACAAACAGAAUUCAACUCAGGAAAAAAGACGGCCCCUCGACCAAACUGGCAAAUUGGGGACGGAGACCGAGAAAAUAAGGAAAAAUAAAACCCCAGGCUCGAGCUGCAAAACUAGGAGAGUGUUCUUUCUAAAUUGUAAUCGAGCUGAUCCGUAUCUGGGUAAUGUUCCUUCCGAAUUUCUAGUUGUAAUAUAGAUAAUGGUUUAAACUAAAAAUGGUGGCCAACCAUCAUUUUACUCGAGUGGACACAAUAGAGCUGAAAGAUCUUAUUUAUCGGAAGAUAGGGCACCAAAGAGCAGAAAAGUACUUUGAUCAGUUGAAGAAGUUCUUCGGUUUAAAGCUUAGCAAGGUUGAGUUUGAUAAGAGUUGCAUACGCACGAUUGGAAGAGAGAACAUUUCUCUUCAUAAUAGGCUUAUUCGGUCUAUUGUCCAAAAUGCUUGUCAUGCUAAAAUCCCGAAUCAAAGGGCUCGAAAAAUAGAAGGAAACAGUGCCAGAAUCGGAAAUGGUUACCAGAGGAAUUGUCUGCAAUCUCUUUACGGUGAUGCAUUCCCUCAGUCUCCUCGCAAGUGUAGGUCUCCUGUCAGCAGGGAUCGCAAGUUUCGGGAUCGUCCAAGCCCUCUUGGGCCACUGGGCAAGAGCCCUAGUAUCACAUGUGAAGAAACGGUUACGAGGAUUUAUGAACAACAAAGUGAAAUGGAAUUGCAUUCACUUGGCAGCAGGCCUCCAAUUGAUGUUGUAUCAGUGGAAGAUGGAGAAGAAGUUGAACAAUUUGCUGGAAGCCUGAAUGUCCGGAGCUGUAAUCCUGUUACUGCUCCUCUAGGUUUUUCCAUUAAUGUCGUUGGUGCUCGUAAAGCUCUUACUUGUAGUUAUUCAUAUAACAAUUUUUCGGAGACAUGUCAAAGUAGUUGUGAGUUACCUGAUACGAGAUCUUUAAGGAGUCGUUUGCAGAAGAAGUUGGCAUUGGAGGGAGUUGAAAUCUCUUUGGACUGUGCUAACCUAUUAAAUAAUAGCUUGGAUGUUUUCCUGAAGAGAUUAAUUGAGCCAUGUAUAGGUAUUGCUGGAUCACAGUGUAGAGAUCCUCAUAUUAUUGGCAAAGAAUCAAAUAAUCAAAUUUCAUCUGGGUUGAAUGGCGUAUUACCCAGAAGAUUUGCAGAAAGACCGACUCAACCCAAAUACAUAAAUAUGUUGGAUUUUCGUGUGGCAAUGGAGUCAAAUCCUUGUAUACUUGGGGAAGAUUGGUCUAUACAGCUUGAGAAGAUCUGCCAUUGUGCCUUAGGGGAGUAAAUGGCACAAUUUGGAAGCAACUUAUUGAACAAAUGAUGUCGCAACCUGCUCUGAAUGUUCACUUCUAGUUCUAACAUGGUAUCCACUGGAAUUCCUGAAGAAUAAGUCAUGAUUCCUGAAGACCGCAGGAAAUCAAGGUACCUGGCUGCAUGUAGAUAGAUGUUAACAGCAUUAGUUGCUAGGAAGGGGAAGAUUUAUACAAGCAAUUUUACACAUUUGAUAGUGUUUAGCACCUUAUUGCCUUUAGAGUUUGAUAUAAUUUUUUAAAUUUUGCUAUGUACGAUAUGUUUGUUUCCAAUGAGAAGAAGCAUUCUAUCUCAUAAAAGGGGAAAGAAAAAAAAAAGAGUGCAAGGGAAAUCUGAUCUCAUAACAUCACAAAUGUCGGAAUAUUUAUUCUGACCAUAUAGCAAUUGCUUUGUGAUCCCUUUCCAAUUUCAUUCACCCUCCUCUCCCUCAAGCUGCUGCCAUUUACCUGUGAGUCUGAAAGGCUGCAACCCACGUUUCUGUAAAUUCAGGAACCAGAAUAGAUUUUGGCUGAACACCCUUAUUUAGGUUAUGUUGCAACUAGUGGGGUUUGAUCUUGCCAGCACAUAUCAAAAGAUCAGUUACUUUUGCUUUAAAUUUCUUUAGUUUUCACAAUCUUGGGUACAGAUGAGAGGCACUUUCAUGGUCGCUCAUUCUGUUUGCUGAGGACUCACAUUUAGCUCCUAAGUCCGAAGGUAGUGGUUUAUUAAUUACAGUACAAAGAAAAUGACUGAGAAAAGGUGCAAUUCAUGAUUUUGAGAAACAAUUGCUUCAUCAAUACUGGAAAUUGAACAUAAUCUUCUGCAAUUUGGGCAAAUGUCAGUAUAUGAUUUAGAAAAGCAGAAUAGCUGAUUCAAGAAGGUCACUACUAUUGAGUAGAGUCAGCAUAUACAAGAACUAGCUGUUCUGGAGUGCAAAUCUGCCUCUUAGUGUGAUAAUUGGAUGACAAAAUAAACUAGUAUCAUCAUAGAAGCGAACAAAUACAAGGAGAAGGGCAAGAACUACUGCCCUUGAGGAACAGAAACCAGCAACAGCAUAAUCUCCAUCACUAGUUUCUGCAAAGAACUCAGAUCAUUACUAUGACUAGUCUGCUUGAAGAAAUGAGGACUCCUUAACAUCUUGCUCCUGCUUUUGGCACAAGCACUACACCGUAGCUUGCAAGGAAUUUAGUGAGUUGGCUUUGCAGAUCCAUUCCACCUCUUACAGAGACAAGCAGGGGGAUCAAUACAGGAGGAAUUUAGUGAGUUGGCUUUGCAGAUCCGUUCCCCCUCUUGCCUAGACAAGCAGGGGAAUCAAUGCAGGAUUGGCCAUCAUUUGCCAUCAGCGACCAGUAAACCCCUCAACUCAAACCAACUUUUGUUAAGCCUGCCAUGUAAGUCGUGUAAACCGUCUAUAGGUAUAAAAAUGAGUUGAUUAUCAGUGGCUGCUGAAUUUAAGACCAACAGAAACAGAACUGGAUCGACUCCAAUACAGACAUUACGUUAAGAUCGUCUGAUGGUGUCAUAACAGCAUCAAGCAGUUAGCGAUGAAGCAUCCCAUAUGCUCUCAUCAGAUCUGCCCUCAUCAACCACAAGUCAUGCAUCCCAUAUUUCACCAACGGAGGCUGCAAAGUUGGAAUAGAAGGCAGUUUGUGUAACACAGUUACAUUUGCAGUGAUAACUCCAGAAUCUGAUUGAAUAUUGUGCUUUCAGCAGCUUACUUACAAGCAAAUGAUCUUCAUUCCUCUUGUUAGAACUAGUGAUUAGUUUCUGUCAUAGUUCUUGCGACAUAAAGCACCAAACUUCAAAUAUAUAU